CUCCUCCUCCCAUCCCCAUCCCAAUCCCCCGACGAAGCGCCGGCUGCGACAGCUCGCGACCGCCCGCCUCGCCGCUGCCGCCGCUCUCUUUUCCUCCCUCUGCCGCCGCCGCUGCUGGCACCGCCCCGGCCUGCUGCGCCGCGCCCUGCCUCGCACGCGCGUGCUCGCUAGCGACGCCGCGUCUCUCGCACCGGACAUCUGCCCCGCCGGCGAGCCCUGCCCAUCGCCGCCAUGUACCGCCCGCUGCGCCUCGCUGCGCGCCUCGCGCCGGCGCACUCGUCGGCUGCGCCCGUGCCGCUGCGUGCGUUCCACUCGUGCCUCUCGCGCCGCAGCCCCGUGCCGACGACGCCCAAGGCGGCCAAGCACGUGGAGGAGAUGCAGCCCAUCGCCACGGGCCUGCAGAAGUGGACCAAGUAUCUGCCCAAGGUUGAGCGCAGCGACGUCAAGAAGGUGCUCCUCGUCGGCUCCGGCGGCCUGAGCAUCGGACAGGCCGGCGAGUUCGACUACAGCGGAUCGCAGGCGAUCAAGGCGCUGCGCGAGUCGGGCAUCGAGACGAUCCUGAUCAACCCGAACAUUGCGACGAUCCAGACGAGCCACACGCACGCAUCGCAGGUCUACUUCCUCCCCAUCUCGCCCGACUACGUGGCCUACGUGCUGGAGAAGGAGCGUCCGGACGGCGUGCUGCUCACGUUCGGCGGCCAGUCGGCGCUCAACGUCGGUGUCAAGCUCGAUGAGAUGGGCGUGUUCGAGCGCCUGGGCGUCAAGGUGCUCGGCUCGCAGGUUGAUGUGCUGCGCAUGUGCGAGGACCGCGACCUCUUCGUGCAGGCGCUGGACCAGAUCAACAUUCCGGUCGCCAAGUCCGAGGCCGUCUCUUCCGUCAACGCCGCGCUCAGGGCGGCGAAGACGAUCGGGUACCCCGUGAUCGUGCGCGCGGCGUACGCGCUGGGCGGCUUGGGGUCCGGUUUCGCAGACAACGAGGACGAGCUCCGGGACUUGUCUGCCCGCUCGCUCAGUCUGAGCCCGCAGAUUCUGGUGGAGAAGAGUUUGAAGGGCUGGAAGGAGAGCGAGUACGAGGUGCUGCGUGACAAGGAGGACAACGCCAUCAUCUGCUGCAACAUGGAGAAUUUUGAUCCCCUGGGCAUUCACACCGGCGACUCCAUCGUCGUGGCGCCCUCCCAGACGCUGUCAGACGACAACUACCACAUGCUGCGCACUGCCGCGCUCAAGGUCAUCCGUCAUCUCGGCAUCGUCGGCGAGUGCAACAUCCAGUACGCCCUGGAUCCCCACAGCCGCGACUACCGCGUCAUCGAGGUCAACCCGCGUCUCUCGCGGUCGAGUGCCCUGGCGUCAAAAGCCACCGGAUACCCGCUUGCGUACACCGCUGCGAAGCUCGCGCUGGGCCACACGCUGCCCGAGCUGCCGAACGCCGUGACGAAGACGACGACGGCGUGCUUCGAGCCCUCGCUCGACUACAUCGUCACGAAGAUCCCCAAGUGGGAUCUCAGCAAGUUCCAGCACGUGAACCGGGAGGUCGGCUCGAGCAUGAAGUCGGUCGGCGAAGUCAUGGCCAUCGGCCGCACAUUCGAGGAGUCGCUGCAGAAGGCCAUCCGACAGGUGAACCCGAGCUACGACGGCUUCGACGCGUACGUGGCACCGCCGGACGAGGAGCUCGACCACGCCCUCUCGGUGCCGACGGACACGCGUCUCUUCUCGCUCGCACACGCCAUGCUGAACAAGAACUACGACGUCGAGCGCCUGCACGAGCUGACGCGCAUCGAUCGCUUCUUCCUCUACAAGCUGGACAACAUCGUGCAGAUCAACCGGCAGCUCAAGGAGCUCGGCUCGCUCUCGGCCGUCGACAAGGAGCUCAUGGUGCUUGCCAAGCAGCGCGGCUUCUCGGAUCGCCAAAUCGCGCAGCUCACCAACACGGGCGAGGACGCCGUGCGCAAGCACCGCAAGGCGCUGGGCGUGACGCCGUUCGUCAAGCGCAUCGACACGGUCGCCGCCGAGUACCCGGCGCACACGAACUACCUCUACACGACGUACAACGCGUCGACCCACGACGUCGAGUUCGACGAGAACGGCACGAUGGUCCUCGGAUCCGGCGUCUACCGCAUCGGCAGCUCGGUCGAGUUCGACUGGUGCGCCGUGACGUGCGCGCGCCGCAUCCGCUCGAUGGGCCACAAGACGAUCAUGAUCAACUACAACCCGGAGACGGUCAGCACCGACUUCGACGAGGCCGACCGCCUCUACUUCGAGGAGCUGGGCUUCGAGCGCGUGAUGGACAUCUACGAGCUCGAAGGCUCGACCGGCGUGGUCGUGUCCGUCGGCGGGCAGCUCCCGCAGAACAUUGCCCUGCGCCUCAAGGAGACUGGCGGCUGCAAGGUGCUCGGCACGGACCCGCUGCGCAUCGACUCCGCCGAGGACCGGCACAAGUUCAGCUCGAUCCUCGACUCCAUCGGCGUGGACCAGCCGGAGUGGGUCGAAGCGACCUCGGUGGACAUUGCCAAGGAGUUUGCCGCGCGCGUCACGUACCCCGUGCUUGUCCGGCCGUCGUACGUCCUGUCGGGCGCCGCGAUGAACGUCAUCUGGGACGAGAGCACGCUUGAGCACCAUCUCACUGCUGCGGCCCAAGUCAACACCGACUACCCCGUCGUGCUGACCAAGUUCAUCGACAACGCCCAGGAGAUCGACAUCGACGCGGUCGCGCACAAGGGAGAGCUCCUCGUCCACGCCGUCUCGGAGCACGUCGAGAACGCCGGUGUCCACUCCGGCGACGCGACGCUGGUGCUCCCGCCCUUCUCGCUCGACCCUAACGAUCUCGCGCGCCUGAAGGUCAUCGCACAGAAGGUCGCCAAGGCGUUUGAGAUCAGCGGUCCCUUCAACAUGCAGAUCAUCCGCAAGCCUACGGCUGACGGCGAGGGCGAGGCCGCGCUGAAGGUCAUCGAGUGCAACCUGCGUGCCAGCCGCAGCUUCCCCUUCGUCAGCAAGGUCCUCGGCGUCAACUUCAUCGACAUUGCGACAUGCGCCAUCGUCGGCCAGGACGUGCCGGCGCCGGUCGACCUGAUGGAGAAGCAGCGUGACUACGUUGCGAUCAAGGUCCCGCAGUUCUCGUGGACGCGUCUGGCGGGUGCAGACCCGUUCCUGGGCGUGGAGAUGGGCUCGACUGGCGAGGUCGCAAGCUUCGGCAAGGACAUCUACGAGGCCUUCUGGGCCGCGACGGUGUCGCAGACCAACUUCCGUGUGCCGCAGCCCAACACUGGCGUGCUCAUGGGCGGCGACGUGACGAAGCCCGAGUUUGCCGAGAUUGCGCGCAUCUACUCCGACCUGGGUUUCAAGCUGUACUGCCAGAGCGCCGAGGUGGAGCAGUUCCUCAACGGGCUGCCGCACGUGUCGUGCAAGCGCAUCUUCUUCCCGCUCAAGGACAAGCGCAAGCUGAAGGAGGUGUUUGACGAGUACGAGAUCAACAUCACGAUCAACCUGGCGCGGUACCGCGGCAAGGACACGCUUGACGCCGACUACGUCGCGCGUCGCAACAGUGUCGACUUUGGCGUGCCGCUGUUCAACGAGCCCCGCGUUGCUCUGCUCUUUGCCAAGACGCUGCAGCACCGCAUGCCGCUGAACUGCCUCCGCCCGUACGAGGAGGGCAAGAUCCCGUCCGAGGUGGUCUCAUGGAAGGAGAUGGUGCCCGAGGAGCGGGCAUGAAGGGUUAUUGCCUAAGAAACGCGGUACCGAGAC